AUGGCUCAAGCAACCAAGCAUGUAGCCCAAGAGAAGAGGCAAGGCAUUUCCAAGCAUAGAAGCUUCAAGUUCCGCCUCAGAACUUUCUUCCAGCGUGUCAAGGCGCGCAGAGACUGUUCUGAAACGGUACCGGCGUUGUCAGUCGAGCCAGAUCGGCCACCUACACCACCUACCGAAACAUUAUCUCAAAGCCUUGUCUCAGAGACUAAUCUGGUUGAGAAACUGGAGCCAGGCUCCAACAUGGGAGGCCCCACCCUAGAUCAAGAAAACCUCGCAGGCAAAGCAAGUCCGGCAACAGAUGGCGACGUUGGUAUACACGACCAAGAUGGCGGUCAUGAAGAGGACGGCUCCCAUAGUGAGAGAGACCGGUCUCCGCCGACUGCCCCGACCCGCAACCCGUGGGCUGAAGCGUGGAAAUCCACCGCGCUGACCGAGAAAGCAAGAGAUUAUGAACAGCUUAAGGUGUCCAAUGCGAACACAAUCAUCAAGGGAAGGGACGAUUUGUCCGAAGACGAGAAGAAUCGGGAGAUACUCGCAAACAAGUCCGACUACGUGAAUGAAGUGAUCGACGGGACGAGGAAAAAGCUGGAAGAAUAUCAGAACCGAUGGGGACCAGAAUCCGAAGUCAUCGCCGUCGGUCAAGGAAAGAGGGUGUUGGUCUCUAUUUUGACCAUAAAACAGCUCACCCUUUCAAAGGAGGCCAAGCUCGACACGGAAAAGCUAGAAAAUUCCAUCGUGGAGGUCUAUGUAGCCAUUUUGAACUACUCAGCGGCGGUCAAGGAAGCGUUGGAUCGGUCGUAUUUUACUCAAAUCAAGGGAAGUUUCAGAGCACUUACGGAGGAGCCAUUCGAAAGCCUCAAGAAAACUGUUGAGAAGAAGGACAACUUAUUGGAGAAAUGGGAAGAUCGUGUCAAUCGCGAAUAUGAGGCAAAGUUCCGGGAGGACACGAAAAGAGAAGACGCCGCUAAGAUUAUCAACGACUUGGGUCGAUUUCAAGCCGCAACAAAACAUCGCCUUCAAGUCUUAGUAGAAGGCAGAGUUCUCGAUUGGCUCAGCCCCAAGAUAAGCUCAAGCACAGAAAGACAUGAAGACCUGCGACAUGCCAUUGAGAAGAUAAGGAAAGAAGAUGAUCACUGGUUUCUCCGGAAGCAAGAAUACGUUGAUUGGAAGAAGUAUCCGCAGAGUGUCCUCUGGCUCCAUGCACCAUGUCAGUGUCUACCUGGCUACGGAAAGUCAUCGCUUUGCUCCACCAUCAUCGAAAAUCUCGCAACGACUCGUCGCUCAGAUAUUCCUUGUCAGAAAGUCAUGGUGUAUUGGUAUUCUCAGUCCAACGGCUUGAAUAGCCAAGUCCAUCUCGCGGACGUCAACGGGUGGUUGAUGACCAUUUGUAACCAAAAUCCGCCUCCGAACAAGCAAGUCCUUCUCGAAAAGGUGAAAGACGUGAUCGGGAGGAUUCAGCAGGACGUCUUCAUCGUGCUGGACGGCCGCUAUGGAAUUCCUCUGCAGUCCAAGGACGUCGAGCGCAAGGAUGUCCUCCAACUCGUUCAUGAUCUUGUCAAGGAUGAAACCCUUGCAAACCUCCAUGUACUCCUUAUGAGCACAUUCGAAACUGACAUUAAAGAAUGUCUGAUGGAUGAUGCCGACUUAAACCCCGUCGGAGCGUGCGAUGGCAUCUUCUCAGGCCAAGGUUACGAGUAUCUUGACGACGUCGACUUCCUGCACGCAAGGAGGCGCCUCUUGCGCCGUGAUGCCAGGAGGUACGAGGAAGAAUAUGUUGCUAGCAUGGGUCGAAUGAACUUGGAUAAUAGCCGGCAAAUGAGGCACUUGAGAGCAAGAGUGUUAUACCGUCACUUCAUUCACCGCACCAAAGAAGUGGAUAUGGACUUGAACGGCAAGAUUUUUGUCGAAAUGGCGCGCCAACAGCAGAUGCUAGAGAAGCGCCUAAGUCAGCAUGGCCAGAGUGAUAGUAUGUCGGAGGUUCCAGGCAAGGGCAAGGGAAAAGGCAAGGGCAGCAUUCCGUCAUCAGACGAAGGCGGGCUGGACAACAACAAUUACGACGACAAACGCAACGACACGGAAAUCCACCUAGUGCUGGACAAGUUUCUGCUCAUCUUGAAGGACAUUGUGGAGUUUGGCAAACAAUGUGACUGGCUCCACGGGACCACAGCCGGACAUGGCACGGACAACAAUAUCAAGGCCCUAACCUUCGAAGUCUUCGCAGCCGUGGUGCGACUUGCUGUUUCCCUCAACAAGUGGGAGACUGACACCAGGGAGUGCAAUAUGAAUACCGCCCAUAUCGAUGCCUUGCUCGCGCAGACGGUUCGCCUCCUCGCGACUGUGCGCCUUCCACGCAUCGUCAAUCUCGCGACAGCGGCGAGCCAUCCGCUGCCGCACCUCGGUCACGGAUACGGAAAUAGCGCCGAGCCUAAUAUCAUCGCCAGCUCCGAGGCUGGAGCAUCUGGCAGCAACGACGGCUACCACAAGCCACUGCUACCCCAAGACGCUGCGAUGAUGACUCUCAAGGAGCUACCGCUCUUAGUCCGGGAAGAGGUGGCACCCAUGUUGGACGAGUUACGAGCCGGUAUGUGUGAGCAGAUGAGAGAAAUUGUCCAAGAUGCCAUCCAGAGCAAACUGGAGCGACAACAGAGGGCCCAGGAAGAGAUGGCCGAAGUGAGAUCUAUUUCUUCGCAGAGGAGAGGAUGGUACCGCGGGUGGAUUGAGUCGUCAUGGCAGGCCAAAUGA